AAAAUAAUUUUUUUUUAAAGAAAUUGAAGGAAAAUAGGCGUGGCUUGCUUGAAAUAUCAAGGAGAAGCGAAAGUACAAGAAGGGAUUCUGUAUUUUUCUUCAAAUUUUUUCUUUUUUUGGGGCUAUGAAAAAUUUACGACUUUUGGCGGUGAUGGGAGGUGGAUCGGGGGAAAAGAGGACUGAGUAUACAGAAAUUGCAUUUGGCGGGGAAAGGAAGAUCCCAGAAUGUUUAAUCGCCGAAUGAUUUUUUCUCUUUUUUGGAGAUUGCCUUUUCAUUUGCCAUAACUUUCACCGUUGUCUUCAUUCACUAAAUGGUUUAGCCUCCAGUGGAGCCAUUGGAGAUCUGAACUUUCCACUUCCAUCCUUUUGAAGCAGUUUCGGAUUUCGUUGAUGGAGUGGGAGUAGGCGAAUGAACUUUUUCCACUGUUGACGGAUUUUGUGUUUCGAUUGAUUUCCUGUUGGGAUUUAGUUGGAAGUGGUAAUUAAUUAGCCCAAAUCGAGGAGAUCGAAGAGGAUGGAAUCUCGUAUGGAUCAGUACGAGAUCAUGGAGCAGAUCGGCCGCGGGGCUUUUGGAGCCGCCAUUCUCGUCAAUCACAAAUCCGAGAAGAAGAAAUACGUAUUGAAGAAAAUCAGGCUUGCUCGGCAGACCGAGCGAUGUCGAAGAUCUGCUCAUCAAGAGAUGGCGCUGAUAGCCCGAGUUCAACACCCUUAUAUAGUUGAAUUCAAAGAAGCUUGGGUUGAGAAGGGCUGCUAUGUUUGUAUUGUCACUGGAUACUGUGAAGGUGGAGAUAUGGCAGAGCUGAUGAAAAAGUCAAAUGGAAUGCACUUUCCUGAAGAGAAACUCUGCAAGUGGUUUACACAGCUUCUAUUGGCGGUUGAGUACCUGCAUUCGAACUUUGUUCUACAUCGCGACCUUAAAUGUUCCAACAUCUUUCUCACUAAGGAUAAGGAUGUCCGUCUUGGGGACUUUGGACUUGCCAAGACAUUGAAAGCAGACGACUUGGCUUCUUCGGUGGUUGGAACUCCAAAUUACAUGUGUCCUGAACUUCUAGCUGAUAUUCCUUAUGGCUUCAAAUCUGACAUUUGGUCUCUUGGUUGUUGUAUGUAUGAGAUGGCUGCGCAUCGCCCCGCCUUUAAAGCUUUUGAUAUGGCAGGACUGAUUAGCAAAAUCAAUCGUUCAUCCAUGGGUCCCUUGCCCUCCUGCUAUUCACCGUCCUUGAAAACACUCAUUAAGGGCAUGCUACGAAAAAAUCCAGAGCAUAGACCAAAUGCUUCUGAGCUUUUAAAGCACCCGUAUUUGCAACCAUAUGUCGAACAAUAUCGUCCUUCCAUUAGUCCUUCUGUAGAUUUUCCUUCAGAUAAGCCUAGGGCGGCACGUGAUUCUCGGAGAAGUAUGGCAGAGAGUCAAAAUAGUAACAGUUCAAACAGUGAUAGAGACAGUUUGUUUUCGAGUGAUAAAAAUACUCCAGCCACAGCAUCGAACUGUGAUGAUAAAGUCACUGUUAGUGAUAUGGCGUCUGUUGAUGAUCAUGAUGGAUCUGAGACCCUCCUUCCUGGUGAAGAUGAGCAAACUCAUAAUAUGUGCUCUCUCAAAGUGAAUGAUCCGAUGCAUUCCAAAACCAACCAAGAAGACCAUCAAUCUAAUACUGAAUCAAGACGGCCAAAGACUAUUCGAAAUAUAAUGUUAGCUUUAAAGGAAGGAAAAGCGAGGGAAAAUUUCUCACCAGUUCGAGGCAACCGUGUAAAGUCUGGAGUUGCAUCAAACCAAAAAGCACAUGCUGAAGUGCCACCUAAAUUCAUCAAACCCCCAGUGGCAGAGCCUGGUUUCAAGUCUAAUCCAGAUACACAUAUAACUGUGCCUACAAAGGCAAAUAUUGAAUCCUCAAGAAGAGUCCAGGUUGUAGCUACUCCAAAGCAUCAGGUACCUGUGGUUGUUCCCACACCAAAGACUAAAACAAGACACGAUAAUUCUCCCCCGCUCUGUCGCCCGUUGAAACCAGUAGAAGAUGGACUUUCUUCAAAGUCGAGGCAAAGAACCCCUCCUACUUUGCUUAGACGACCUUCAUUUCCGGCAAGGAUGAGGCAAGUUGGGCAAGCUGUUCCAGAUGCAGUAAGUUCCAUGGAAAGGAUCCAUCAAAAGGAAACAUCUCCAGAGGAAGUGCAGAGUAGCCACCAGGAUCAUGUUGUGUCUAUGGAGUUAACAAAAGAGACGCAACACGCCUCUUCAGAACAUUGUUCUAAAGGAAUGCAAACAGAUAGUAGUAAUUCUGUUUCAUCUUCGGUGUCAAUUCAAGGAUUUGAAAUUUGUGAUGAUGCAGCAACACCAUUUGCUGAUGGAGUAAUAGACCCAGUUUUUGACCAUCAAAGUAUUGAACACGAUGAAAUUGAAGAAACACAUCCACCUAGCUGCUCACCUUCUUUGCAGUACGAGAUGUCCGAACACAACCUAUUAACGGACAAAGGAAACCAUGGAGUUCAUGACAAACCAACAGAAUGCUCCCUUGAAGCUGGAGUUGAGAAAGAGAGUCCGAGUGUGGAACUCGAUCUUCCACUGAAAUCUGAAGGAAGAUUCGUCUUUAAAGACGAUAUCCCCAUAAACAUUCCAAGCAAUAGGCCUAAUAUGGUAACAGAGCCGAAUACGAUCUCUUCACAUGGGGACGACAAAUUCACAGUAAGGGAACUUCUAUCAUCAGUUGCAGAACCUACUGCAACACCUUUGGUAGCUACUCCAAGUUCAUCAACCCACAAGUGUUUGCUGCCAGAUAAAGUAACCACAUUGCACAAUCCCUCAGCCGAAAAGCUGGCCAGUAACCAUCUUCCUGCAGCUUUUGACGAUGUCAUACACGUUAUACGGCAUAGUAGUUUCCGAGUUGGAAGCGAGCAGUCAGUAACAGAAAACUUGGAGGUGGGGGUUCAGAAUGUUGAUGUGGGUAAGUUGGUUACGGUGGUAAAGGAUGAACUAGAGUUGAAGAAUGGAACCACUACACCUUUAACUCUCAAAUCCAGCAGUUGCUCUGAUGCCAUGAGUUUGAAGUCGAAUACUUGCGAUCACUCGGGCAUCAAAGAAUCGAGCGGAGGAAACCCUCCGACAGUGCCAACAACAAACUCCGAUUCAUCCGAGCAAACAAAGCCGGUCGCUCCUGUGGUUGAAGAGGAAGUGCCUGCAAAAGAAAUCCUGGAUGUCAAAUCCUUUAGGCAGAGGGCUGAGGCACUUGAAGGGCUGCUAGAAUUAUCAGCAGAGUUGCUGCAAUACAACAGAUUGGAGGAACUAGCAGUUGUCCUGAAACCAUUUGGGAAAGACAAGGUGUCGCCAAGAGAGACAGCGAUCUGGCUGGCGAAGAGUCUGAAAGGAAUGAUGAUCGAAGAGAAUGGCAGGAGUUCUUCGUGAAUGUGCAGUAUGGCUUUUGUGAUUUGAAACUUAAUUAUUUGGGUGUAAAGCUGCUGCACAUGGGAGUGCUGCCUGUAUUGUAGACCGGUAUCAAUUUUUUAGUUUCUUGCCUUAUUCUGUAGCUUCUUUAUUGCAUCUCAUGGUGUACAUAGUGACAAUACAUAUUAAUAAACGUUAAAUUCUUUUCAA